UCUGAGUGCGCGCGCAUGUGUUGAUCAGGAAGGAAGCUCUGGGUCUGAACUACUUCGAAAGCAUAUUGCGUUUCCUGAGGCCCCCAAAUGGCCACUUCUCGCUUUCAUUACUCAGAAACCUUACAUAACUGAACUCACACAGGUUAUAUUUGCGAAAUAGAUCAGUAUAAUUAAAAUCAGACGUAUAUCGAUCAUCGUUUGGCGUAUAAUACACGCUAUUCCUCCGUCGCGUGUGCGCAGCGCCUAAUUGAGCGCGUGCUAAUCACAUCUGACUAGCUUCUCCGAUCCUGUGAAUAUAAAGAUGUCCAAGCCCCCGAAUUCUGCUUCCCGGUCCCGGUCCAGGUCUAGAUCACGGUCCUACACACGGUCUCACUCGAGGAGUCAUUCCCGUUCGAGGUCCAGAAAGCGUCGCUACAGCUCUAGAUCAAGAUCCAGAUCGCACAGCAGGGAGAGGAACUAUCCUUCCAGAGAUUACCAAAACAAUCGUGGGUAUAACCGGGGUUUCCGUGGCUACCGGAGACCCUUUCAGUACCGGCCCAGAGGGCGUGGCUAUUACCCACGAGGUAACUAUUAUAGAGGUGGCAACAACUAUGGUUACCGUUCCAACAACUGGCACGGCAAUAGAGACCAGCAGCAGCCAUACGACCACUCACACAGCCCUAGGAGGGGGCGCUCACGUUCCCACACGCCACGGAAACGAUCAGCAAGCCGAAGCCGCUCACGCCAUUCCGAUAGAUCAUCCUCUGUGCGUUCCAGGCGCUCCAGCUCUUCCUCCCGCUCCUCGUCCCCACAUCGACGCAACUCUAGCGCUGGACGACCCCAUUCUAAAGAUCACAAAGAGAGGGGUUCACCAGGGGAGAGCAAGAGAGCCAGCAAAGAGUCAUCCAAGCAUACAGGAAGCCCCCCAGAGGAAUCCAGUAGCAAGUGGGAAAGCCUAGCUGAAUACGAGACCAGCCCCAAACGCAAUGCCCCAUCUGCUGGUGGUCAGACAGAGGUCAAAGUGUCCAUUUCUGGAGGUUCCGGCAAUGGUGGACCAAUGUGGCGAAGCAUCGGCCCUGCCAGUAAAAGUUCACUGACAAAGACGUCAACCUCUCCUGGCUUCGGGUUCUUCACAAAGGAAGAGGUGAAGACCGAAGACAAAUCGGCCUCCAUCUCUACCGCUUUCAAAAAGUUUUUGGCAGAAAAGAAAAAGCCCUUAUCAGACAGGGAUAAUAGCAGGGGUGAGACUUUAAGCUUGGGAGACGCUGACAGUGAGAAGAGUGGCAGUAAGUUGAGAAUGGUUUUCGACGCAUCUGAAUCCGGCUAUGAUGGCUCAAAGACGGACAAAGGACUUCCGUUUCUGGAUGCCAAGGAAGAGGAGUAUCGCCAGGAAAUGAAAGACAGGAAGACUGAAGAGGAAUCCAAGUAUAAGGACAAAACCAUUGUCACAAUGCGGGACUUGACCGAAGAGCGCUUCGGGAAAUGGGAUGACUCCAUCUAUCUGUCCAACAAAGAUUCGUCAAGAAGGGAUGAAGAUGUUGAGGAGGAACUGGACGAGGAACUUUAUCGCAGUCGCAAGCAUGCUUCUAGAAAAGAAGAGAAGGCCUCCAAGAAGAAAGAAAAGAAAAAAAGCAGGAUCAGCCCAUCUUCUCCAUCACCAUCGAGAGUAUCGGAGAAUAGAGGCAGGCCACUGUUUCCAGCUGGAAGAGAGGCCUCUCCUCCAGCUAAAUCCUCAGCGAAGAAAGACCCCAAGUUUAAUUUUAGUAUAAAGGCAUUCACUGAUGAUGGAGAAAGCUCAUCAGGUGCAUUAGCUAAAGAAAGACGUUUGUCACAGGAUCUUGUGCCUCCUGGUAAAAAAGAUCAUGAGGAGUUUCGCUCGAUUUUCCAGCAUGUUCAGUCUGCUCAGCUUCGCAGGAGCCCAUCAGAGCUAUUUGCUCAACAUAUAGUCACCAUAGUACAUCAUAUUAAAGCUCAACAUUUCCAGUCAUCUGGAUUGACUCUGAAUGAGCGAUUUGGAUUAUACCAACGAAAAGCUGCAGAGAAGGAAAUGAUGAAGCCGAAGAAGAGUCCUGAGAUCCACAGGCGAAUCGAUGUGUCUCCCAGUGCUUUUAAGAAGCACUCUCACCUGUUUGAGGAUUUCGAAGAAAGCGGCUACAAGGAUCAUGGUAAAAGGCAUGACGGCGAUUCAUUGGACCUCCGGUUGGAUAUUGAGCGCCGUAAAAAGAACCCUAAACGAGAGGGGGGCAAGAGUUCAGCUGGCUCACGCACACCCAGCCAUGAACUCUCCCCUGACAGGUCCUCCAAACACAAGAAAUCAAAGAAAAGCAAAAAGAAGCGAGACCGCUCUCCCUCCUCCUCCUCAUCUUCCUCCUCCUCUCCCUCCCCUCGUGUGUACAGAGUGAAGGAGUACCAUCCGGAGGAGCACAUGGAGGGAGGAGGGAGUUUUAACAAGGCCCGUCUGGGGUCAAGGGACUACCCAGGGCCCAUGGAUCGCGGCCCCCGGGACUAUGAGGGCCACAUGGACCGGGGUUAUGAGAGGGGCAGAGGAGGGUACGACCGAGGAGGAUAUGACAGAGGUCAUGGGGGAUACGAUCGGGGAUUUGUUCCGAGAAUGAGAGGAAGAGGAUGGAACCGGGGAAAUUACCCAGGCAACAACACCAAUAACCCUCCCAAUAUGGGUGGCCCCUCACGGCCCCCAGAGGAGGAGAGGGACCCCGAAUACACCCCCAAGAGUCGGAAAUACUUCCAGCAUGAUGACCGGGACAAGGAAGGGGAAAUGAAGUGGGUGGAUACUCGGGGGCGCGGCAGAGGGAAUUACCCACGCGGCAGGGGCACCUUCAUGAUUCGCAAGAGCAGCGGCAGCCCCAAGUGGACCCACGACAUGUUCCAGGGCAAUGCUGAAGAGGGAGACAUGGGAGAUGGAGGCACAGACAAAGACGACGACAAGUCUGGGGAAAACCCUGCAUCCAAGCCAUAGACUGAUCCGCAUCAUUUGUGUCCGUUCUUCUGUCUCUAGCUCAUAGAGAGCCCUUGUGAGCAAAGCAUCCUUGUGUGUUCAGAUGUUGGACAGAAAAGCCCCAAACGGUAGAGCCAUGUCAUUUAUAGAAACAUACAUUUCAUUCAAUCAUUUUUUUUCAUGUUUGUUUUCGGGGUUUGUUGGAGGUGUUUGAAAAUAUAAAUUCAGCCAUUCACCAAAUUAAUUCAUUUUCAUUUAAAAAGUGCAAUAAAUCUGUGCACUUGUGCCUUAGAUUUAACUGUAGUUUUAUGAUUCCUUUUUUCCCUCUUUUUUUUUUUUUUUUUUUGCAUGUAAGUUUAAUGUAUACAUGCUGAAAUCUUUUAUAUUUCUUCCCUUUUGGUGUAUGGUUCAGUCUCAUUGGAGCAUAUCCCUUGUGGACCAAUGCACUGUGUCCUGGGCCGAUAUUCUCCAGAAAAUUGUUAAAAUUGUACAGAUUCAUUCUUCCUAACCCAUUGAUUCUCAUCCAAUUUAAUUCAUAUUCUUACCUUAAAUUAUGCCACUAAUGACAAAAAAAAAAGUCCAGUUUGUGAAGCAUAAAACUUUUUUUUUUUUUAAUUUUGAGCAACAAAAAAAGCUCAUUAUUGAUCAGAUUUUAAACGGUAGAUAAUAAUAGAACAUGCAAGAUGAAGCUUUUAAUGAUGCAUUUAUUGCAUUAUUGUGUUUAUCAAACAAAUAGUAAAAUAGUUCAUGCUGCAUGUUUAGAUUUUUCUUCCACUGAUCUCUGUACGCUGGGCUGUAAGGAUGUAACUGGGGGACUCGGCUGUGCUCUUUUCUGCUUUGUGACGUUAUUGUAAUGCUGUGACAUAACGUUCUGUUAACAUUUAUAAUCUGUUAACUGUGCUUUCAGUCUCCAUGGUGAAUUUGAAAUAAAACCCGUCUUCAUUUUGUUUUGAA